UCAUCCUUAUCCACUCCACCUCCUUUCUCUUGAUCUGCUCUCAAGUCUUACUCUCAAGUCUCUCUUGAUUGUCUCUCGAUUUGCUCCUAUGCCACCAGAUCCUCCUCUCCACCUCCUCCGCAUAGCGCGCCAUGCAGCAAGGCGGCCGUGUAGCCAGUCGGUGGGGAGGGCGGCAAGCCAUGUAGCAAGGCAGUCGUUCAUCACCUCCACUUCGCCGGCUCUGAUGCCUACUGGAAUUGGGGCUCUCCGCUCAAAGCCGUUGGCGUCGUCGUUGUCCUCCUUCUCCCACUACCUCCUGCAACAGUAUUGGGUGGAGAUCCAUUCGGACUUGCCGGUGACCCAGAAGGUGUGGCAACCAUGCCCAAGGUCAAGAAUCCCCAUGUUUUUUUGGACAUAUCGAUCGACAGAUAAAGCACCGAGUGGAUCACAUUCGAGCUCUUUGCUAAUGUAGUCCCGAAGACUGCAGAGAACUUCCAAGCUCUUUGUACUGGUAAUUCUUAUUCCUUGCUAUGAGAUUGAGUGUGUGAUGUAGGAGUUGUUGUUACAACACAUGUUUGCAAUAUGCGAGCUCUCAAUCUUAGUAAAGGAUAGUCUGUGAUGUCAAUGAUGUCAAAGAGUUGGAUUAUUUUUACCAUGUUGUUCUUGUCAUGGUAGAUUAUUUGAUCAUUGGUAUUGCUUCAUUAGCUCAGGCUUCUUCUUUCAACUGACUUCUUGCUGUAGUGCACUUUACAAACUCCACGUUUCAUGCUAUUAAUGACUCCUAUUAAGCUUUUGCUAGAGUUUUAUUGAAGUUUUAUCAAACAAUUGUAGCACUAUUGGCAACUGAAAUUGAGACAUUCUCUUUGAAGAUGCAAAUCCUCUCCUUGGUGGUGAUGCAAACAGAGGAGGAGGAAGACCCUCAUGAGCUGAUUGUAAUUUUACAUUUGUUUGAAGGUUUUCCUGUAAGAGUAGUUGUAUCAACUUCUAUAAAAAUCAGUUAAUGAAAUGCGAGUUCUUACCCCUUCGG